UCAAAAUUGCAUUUUCCUACAACAUUAUUACGAUUUACGAAAGCCUAUUUGCUUCAUACGGCGAGAAGAGAAUUUGAAGAGGGAGAGAGAGGAGGUCUUCUGCUAGACGGUGGUGGCUGCCAUGGAAGGUUCCUCCAAGGUUUUUUAAUAUUCAAGCGAAAGAGAGACAUAACCAGAAGCAAAAUUCGUUGAAGAUUAUGGAACACACACAAAAACGUAGAUUAUAACUUCUUCGCAUAAUAUAUAUGUUUUUAUAUAUAUAUAUGUAACGAGUAUGACAUUUUGCAGCAAGGUUUCGUGGAAGCUUUGUCUUAUGCUGAGAAUAAAUUUUAUCCCUACGUUAUCGCUUCCGAUCAUCUCCGCUUAUUUCCUUCCGUUGUUAGUCAUUUGCUUCAACCCUAGAGUUUAGGCCCUUUUGGUUUUGAUUCGUCACUUUCCGCUGGUUCGUUCCUUUUUCCGCGUCGCUUUUUGUUUGCCUUCGUCCGAGGAAGUUUGGGACGGAAAUCAAGAUAUAUUCGCCGAAAAUUUUGGUUUUCGCGUUGGAUUUUGUGGGUGGUGGGUUGGGUCGGCGAUGAAGUAGGGUUUUACCGGGACAUACUUUGGAAUCGGGCCGAUUUUGCAAGUUCUUUCGUGGUGGGUAGUUGCUGGGGUUGGGAUCAUAGAUUGAAAGCUGGUGUACGGCUGGCGGUGAGCUUUAGAAUUUACUUGUUUUGAAGGUCACCGAACACUGCAGACGAUAUUAAUUGUUUAGGGAUUAUAGAUCAAGCUACUUUAGGAGUGAAGUGGUGAUUGCAGAUUUGGGAUCUUAGUAGGGGGUUAAGGUCUAAUGCUGGAAUUUCAAAGUCUAGCAGAAAGGGCGGAACGUAAUCUGGACGAACUGUUGAUUUUGACUUUCCUUGCGGUGUCUUAGCCAUAGACUACGGAUUGGUCUUCCCGUAUUCAUCACUUUUCGGGAUUGAUUCUUCUUUUUCGUGAAAAAGGGGUCUAAUUUGGCUGUGUAAUCUUGUUGGCUGGGAACCUCUGGUCGAUAUUAUUAUUCAUUGUGUAUAAGAUGAGCUCAAGCGUGACAGAAGCUAUCCCUAAUGGCGGCAAGUUACUGGUUCAUAUUUCUGAGAAUGGGCGCUCAUUCGAGCUUGACUGCAAUGAGGGUAUGCUAGUUGAGGAUGUCAUGCGCUUGAUUGAAUCGGUCACCCGGAUUAACUGCAAUGAUCAGGUUAUUCUCUCUUUGGAUGUUAGACUGGAAUCACAGAGACCCCUUUCAGCUUACAAGCUUCCAGCGGACGAUCGGGAAGUUUUCUUGUUUGAUCGAACCCGGCUACAAAGCAAUUCACCCCCACCUCCGCCGGAGCAGGUUGAUAUUCUUGAGGUUGUUGAACCACCAUCACCUUCCUCUUCUCAAGAUUCUCAUCCUUUAGAUAAUGCCUCAGACCCUGCUUUGAAGGCUUUGCCUUCUUAUGAGCGGGAGUUUCGUUACCACUAUCACAAGGCUCAUACAAUAUUCAGUAGUACGGUGAUGAAAUUGGAUAACUGCGAGAGACUUUUGAGGGAGCAGAAGGUUCAAGAGAGAGCGUUAGAGGUUGCAAGGGGUAAUUUGGAUCAGUACUAUAAAAUGAUUAAUCAGAACUACACAGAUUUCAUGAAGCGUUAUUUGCAGCAGUACCGAGUUCAUUCUGAUCUGUUAGUGAAUUGGCGUAGAGAUAUUGAGAAAUUGAGAUUGGUUAAGCUUCAUCCUGCCUUACAAACAGCCAGCUGCAAGUGCUUACUGGAUUUUGUGAAGGAGGAUAGUUUGCAGAAGUCAGCAGAAAAUUGCGGCAGUUCGCACACCCAGUUUGAGAACAAAGUUUUACAAUUUAAGCUGAUGUUUAACGAUGUUAAGCGUAAAGUUGAGGAUUUAUUUUCCAGCAGGACCUCUUUUCCUGUAAAAAGUUUGGAAGCUAAUAUUAAGGAGCAUCAGCGGUUUAUCAAUGAACAAAAAAGUAUAAUGCAGUCCUUGAGCAAAGACGUUGAUACUGUAAAGAAACUGGUGGAUGAUUGCGUAUCUUGUCAGUUAUCUUCCUCACUUCGCCCUCAUGAUGCAGUCUCAGCCCUAGGUCCUAUGUAUGAUGUCCAUGCCAAAAAUCACCUGCCAAGAAUGCAAGCUUGUGAUCGUGCAGUUUCCAAGCUACUUGAUUUUUGUAAGGAUAAAAAGAUUCAAAUGAACAACUUCUUGCACCAUUACAUGCAAAAGAUUGCUUAUUUCUCUUACAUCAUCAAGGAUGUCAAAUUACAGUUUCCUGUUUUUAAAGAGGCAAUGGGGCGUCAAGAUAACCUGUUUAUGGACCUGAAGUUAGUGCGAGGGAUUGGUCCAGCCUAUAGAGCUUGCCUUUCUGAAGUUGUGAGAAGGAAAGCUUGCAUGAAGCUUUACAUGGGUAUGGCUGGUCAAAUGGCUGAAAGGCUUGCAAGAAAGAGGGAAGAUGAGGUUAGAAGACGUGAGGAGUUUGUGACAGAACAUGGUUCAUACCUUCCUAGGGAUGUAAUAGAAUCUAUGGGAUUAAAUGAUAUUCCUAACCCGUGUGAUGUCCAUAUAACUCCUUAUGAUGACCGUUUAAUUGACGUUGAUAUUUCAGACAUUGAUCAUUAUGCUCCUGAGUACUUGUUAGGACUCCCUUCAAAGAGUGAGAAGCAAGGAAUCAAGAAUUCCUCUCUAAACUUGGUUGGAACUUCGAGUUCAGUUGAGGCUGAAGAGAUUUCAAAGGACACCUUUGAGAGUUAUGAUUCCGAGGAGCUUGUCGAAGGUUCUGAGUUAGUUGAAAUUGCUGGAACCAGCAAGAUGGAGGUUGAAAAUGCAAAAUUGAAAGCUGAUCUUGCUUCUGCUUUGGCUAUGAUUUGUUCAUUCUCUCUUGAAUAUGAUUCAUUGGGUGAUAGCAAACCAGACAGUAUCUUAAAGAAUGCUGCUGAAAAAACAGCUGAAGCCUUGCGUCUUAAGGAUGAAUAUGGAAGACGACUUCAAUUUAUGCUUAAAACUAAGCAGAUGCAGUGUGAAUCAUAUGAAAGACGCAUUAAGGAAUUGGAACAAAGACUGUCAGAUCAGUAUUUGCAAGGGAAAAAUCUCUCAAAUAGUGAUUUUGCAGUUUUGGCUGAAAAGAGUGACAAUUGCAAGCCACAAAUCGUAGGUGGUCCAGAAGCUCCUGCACCUUAUAUAUCAACUACAGAGCCAAUGGAUGAGGUUUCUUGCAUCUCAAAUUCCCUGGAUACAAAGCUGGGGAUUUUUGCUGGACAGCCUGGUAGAGCUGCAGAAGCAGUUGAUGAAAAUAUGAUGGAUUCCCGUGGUGAUCAGAAUCCUCAUUUGGAUUCCUCAAUGAUGGAGCAAAAUCGUGAAGAAUUUCAAGAAAACGAUAAAUAUGUGAGAGAUAGAAUGGUAGGACAUAUGGGAAUAUCUCUGACAAACAGUUCUACAGCUGAGAGCAUGCCUCGGUCUCUGAAUGUUUUACCGUGUGAAACAGUGGAGGAUCCCAGUUUGGAAUCUAAUCUUGAGAAUGGUCUUCUGUUGGAGUUGCAAAAUGAACUUGCAGACAAGACUACUCUGUUGAGUGAAACUGAAACCAAACUUAAAGGUGCUAUGGAGGAGGUUGCUGUACUGAAGAGGGAGUUGGAAGCCAGUAGGAAGCUUCUUGAUGAAUCUCAGAUGAAUUGUGCCCACUUGGAGAAUUGCCUACAUGAAGCAAGGGAAGAAGCUCAAACACAUCUUUGUGCAGCUGACCGUAGGGCUUCAGAGUAUAGUGCACUUCGUGCAUCAGCUGUGAAAAUGCGGGGCCUUUUCGAAAGAUUAAGGAGUUGUGUUUAUGCUUCGGGCGGAGUUGCCAGUUUUGCUCAUUCAAUGCGCACGUUAGCGCAAUCUUUAGCAAAUUCUGGUAGUGACAAUGAAAAUGAUGGUACAAUCGAAUUCCGCAAAUGCAUCUGCACCAUAGCGGAUAGAGUUGGAUUUUUGGCCAAACAUCGUGAAGAAUUACUUGAGAAAUACCCAAAGCUUGAAGCUGCUAAUGAACAACUUAUGAAAGAAUUGGAAGAAAAGAAAGAGCUUGUUCAAACUUUGUACGCAAAGCAUCAACUCGAGAAACAGGCAAACAAGGAGAAAAUUUCUUUUGGUCGAAUGGAAGUCCAUGAGAUUGCUGCAUUUGUUCGGAAUGCAGCUGGGCAUUAUGAGGCAAUCAAUCGGAACUGUGCGAAUUACUACCUAUCUGCCGAAUCCGUGGCUUUGUUUGCAGACAAUCUCCUUACCCGAUCUAACUACAUUGUUGGGCAGAUUGUCCACAUUGAACGCCAGACCGUGAAGCCAUCACCGCCUUCUCCUCGGCCUGACCACGGUAGGGCGGAUCAAACUGAUUGUGUGAUCUCCGAUUCAGGGACUGAUAGGUUGACCUUGAAUUCAGGUUUAUCUUCGAACCCAUACAGUCUCCCGGUCGGAUGUGAAUAUUUCAUAGUGACCGUAGCGAUGUUACCCGAUACUGCUAUUCAUUCUACAGCUUCCUGAUCCCUGGCAUUCAACAGACUGACAUGAUGGAAGAUCCCAAGUGUACAUAUCAAUAACAUCGAAGAACAAUUGUUGGGAGGUGAACUUUUCAGUUUUCCUUUUGUACAAAUUGAUGGUGGAAUGAGUCUUUUUUUAACCCCUCACACUCACUUUAUACCCAUCUCUCUCUUUGUAUAUAUUUAACGGUACAGUGUGGAAACUGUGAAUAUUAUUGCUACUUAGUCCUUAGUUUGACUCUCUACUUGACUUCUAUAUAUAUAUAUAUUAUAAAGAACUUAU